AUGAAGAGGUCAAUAGUUGCAAGCUCAUCCCAGUUACCAAAUGCAUCUGUCAAAGCAUUUCGCAUCAGGAUGGAACCUGUUGCGCCAUAUUCACAUAGCAUGAUGGAACUGCCUUAUCAUACCUCAACAAGCAAUACUGAGGCACUUUCGUCACUAGAAGCUGUUCUAAAGGUAUUUUGGAAUAAUCAGUGGGAUCAGCUUCAAUACUCCACAGGAUUCACCUGCUGUUUGCCACUAUCUAGAGUCAAAAAGAUUUUGAAAUCUGAUCCUAAAGUCAGGAUAAGCAGGGAUGCGCCUGCACUGUUUUCAAAAGCAUGUGAAUACUUAAUUCUAGAGCUAACAUUACGAGCUUGGAUGCACACUCAAUCAUGCACUCGUCAGACAAUACAGCAUUGUGAUGUCUUCCAUGCCGUAAAGAAUUCAGAAACUCAUUAUUUCCUGACUGAUCUUGUUCCUUUUGGACCAUAUUGUGCCACCCAUCAGAGAGUGUUGCCUCCUGUUAAAAUGAUUUUGCCAGACAUGAAUGUUGCAAUCGAUAUGAACCAGAUUGAGCAGAGAAGAGCAACUGAUAUGAAGUAUCUAAGCAUAUCCAUUUGCGAGUUGCUGUAUUUUGAUCAUCGAGUGUUUUAA